AGCAGCUGCUCCCCCAGGCCAGCCGGGGAGGACCACAGUGACUGAAAGCAGCAGCUGGGGGAAAGCGCUCCAGCUGAUCUGUUUCCCCCGCCCCCAUCCCCCAAUUAGAGGAGAAUGGAGCUCGGGUAAUCAGGGCUGGCAGGAGGUGCAGCAGGAGCAGGAAUUCCUGGGGACCCAGCUGAAUUGAUGGAGGAAUGAUGCGCUGAUGCUUGUUUUCUGAGGAGGAGGUGAUGAUGAUGAGAUAUAGUUUUUUAUAUACUACUUCUUUUCAUCAGCACACCUUGAAGCACUUUACCAAGAAGUUUACAGGGUAGACAGGACUGGAACUAUUUCUGCAGCUUCUAGAAGCCUGAUGCUAAGCAAUGUGACAACAUAAAUCUGGAAACAUUAUUGCUGUUGGAAACAACUGGAAAAUGCCCCUGUGCAGUGAAAACCGUACCAGUUGUGCUGUGUCUGAGGAUCUUUGUCAAUAUGGAGAUGGAGAUUUCUCGGGACAUAUUUUCACUUAUUCACACCUUCUACUGUGGCAAAAAUGGACUAUUUUCCUCACCAAAAACCAGCAGUGUAAUGCCCAUCUGAUACAUGCCUCAAGGAACUCCUAUUUUAAAAUCUGUUGAAAAUGGAUGUCUUGUAGCCCACCAACAAAUCCUGCUACUGCUGCAUGUGUGGCAGCACUUCUACAUGAUCACAUGACUCUUGAUAUGGACGCGGUCCUGUCAGACUUUGUUCGGUCCACAGGGGCAGAACCAGGUCUGGCAAGAGACCUGCUGGAAGGCAAAAACUGGGAUUUGACCGCUGCUCUGAGUGACUAUGAGCAGCUCCGACAGGUACACACAGCCAACCUGCCACAGGUGUUUAAUGAAGGGAAGUACUACAAGCAGCAGGAAAGAGACCCACCUCAACAGGUGAACAAGACUGAACGACCAAGUCUGCAGAGACAGGAUGACAUUGCUCAAGAAAAACGACUCUCCAGAGGUAUUUCUCAUGCCAGCUCAGCCAUAGUCUCCCUUGCUCGAUCCCAUGUAGCAAAUGAAUGCAGCAAUGAGCAGUUUCCUUUGGAGAUGCCUAUAUACACAUUCCAGCUACCAGAUCUUAGUGUGUAUAGUGAAGAUUUCAGAAGCUUCAUUGAACGUGAUUUAAUCGAACAGGCAACAAUGGUUGCUUUGGAACAAGCAGGUCGACUGAACUGGUGGUCCACAGUGUGUACAAGUUGCAAAUGUCUUCUUCCAUUGGCUACAACAGGUGAUGGAAACUGCCUCUUACAUGCUGCCUCAUUAGGGAUGUGGGGAUUUCAUGACAGGGACCUUGUGUUACGUAAAGCACUCUACACCAUGAUGAGAAGUGGAGCUGAAAGGGAAGCACUGAAGAGAAGAUGGAGAUGGCAACAGACACAACAGAAUAAAGAGUCGGGUUUAGUUUAUACAGAAGAAGAGUGGGAACGGGAGUGGAAUGAACUGCUUAAGCUGGCUUCAAGUGAACCUCGCACUCAUUUUGGCAAAAAUGGAGGCACUGGUGGGGGGUAA